ACCCUCUCUUUAUUUUCUUCCCGAAACCCAGAAGAAACCCUCUGGCGGCUGCGAGACCCGUUGGUUCCCCUUUGCCCACCCCAUCUCUCUCUCUCUAUCUAUUUCUCUCUCUUUCUCUGUUUUCCUCCUUUUUUUCUCUCUCUCUUUAGGGUUUUUUCCCUUUGAUUUUCAUCUCCAAACCCUCGUUUUCCAUUAUCCAGUUUUUGUUUUGGGAUUUUAGGGUUUUUUUUUCGGUUUAUUUUCAUUGCCAGCUCUUCAGCAGCUCCCUCCAUCCUGUUCUUUCCUCUGUCUCUGCGAGAUUUACUUCCAUGGCUACCGUUGCUUCGCCUCCUUCUACGGAUCAAGCUGCAGAUUUGCUGCAGAAGUUGUCAUUGGAUGCUCAGGCCAAGCCUGUUGAGAUUCCAGAGUCAACGAAAAAGCCAACCGCUAAUCAAUAUGGGUCCAUUGAUUCUGGGAAUGCUGCUAUUGGUCAGAUUCCAAAUGAACGGUCUGUGACUCCAUUUUUACAGGACUUUGUGGAUCCAAACAUGUGCUAUGUACCGAAUGGAUACCCAUCUUAUUACUAUGGAGGUUAUGAUGGGACUGGUAAUGAAUGGGAGGAUUAUUCUAGAUAUACAAAUUCAGAUGGGGUUGAAAUGACUUCUGGUGUCUACGGGGAUAAUGGAUCUCUUAUGUAUCACCAUGGUUACGGAUAUGGACCCUACGGUCCCUAUUCACCUGCAGCUUCUCCGGUUCCUUCUAUGGGGAAUGACGGUCAGCUGUAUGGACCUCAGCACUAUCAAUAUCCCCCAUAUUUUCAACCUCUUACUCCAACCAGUGGGCAGUAUACUCCUAGUCCUACUACAGUUCCUCAAUCUCAGGGAGAUAUUUCUACCCCUGCAGCCACUGAGCAAAAGCCCAUUUCAGUGGACACAGCUAAUCCCAAUGGUAAUGGCUUGACGAAUGGUGGUGGAACGAAAGGAAAUAACGGUGCAGCUCCCUUAAAAUCUGCAUAUCAAAAUUCAACAUUGGGUUCUAAUGCAUAUGCUAGGGGUGCUUUGCCAGGACAUAUUCCUACUUCGGGUUAUCAGGAUCCGAGGUAUGGUUUUGACGGGUUGAGAUCUUCUUUCCCAUGGACAGAUGGUCCUAUGUACUCAGAUGGACAGUCUAGGCUUGUCAGUAGCUCUACUAUCAAUUCUUCUAUCACUAAUGCAAACAACAUGCCUUCUUCAAGGAGUCCUAGUUUCCGUCCUGGCUCUCAUUAUGUAGGUUUUCCCCAUGCUAGACCAAUGUCAGGAAUGAAUACCACCCAGGGUUAUAUAAAUCGGAUGUACCCCAAUAAAUUGUACGGUCAAUUUGGAAAUACAGUUCGAUCUGGUGUAGGGUUUGCCUCACAUGGUUAUGAUUCACGAUCUAAUGGUCGUGUUUGGCUUGCUGUGGACAACAAAUACAAGCCUAGGGGACGAAAUGGUGGUUAUUAUGGAUAUGGAAAUGAAAACAUGGAUGGUUUGAAUGAGCUUAACAGGGGACCAAGAGCUAAGGGUGGCAAGAACCAGAAGGGAUUUGUGCCGAGUGUUCUGACUGUUAAGGGACAACUCUUGCCUACGAAAGCAGCUGACGAUGAAGAAAAGGAUAAGGUGUCCACACCAGACCGGGAUCAAUACAACAAGGCAGAUUUUCCUGAGGAAUACGCUGAGGCCAAAUUUUUUGUUAUUAAAUCGUACAGCGAAGAUGAUGUGCAUAAAAGCAUCAAAUAUAAUGUUUGGGCUAGCACACCUAAUGGAAACAAGAAACUCGAUGCUGCAUACCAGGAAGCCCAAGAGAAGGCUGAUGGUUGCUCCGUUUUUCUUUUCUUUUCGGUCAAUACCAGUGGGCAAUUUGUUGGCCUUGCUGAGAUGGUAGGACCAGUCGACUUUCAGAAGAACUUGGAAUACUGGCAACAAGACAAAUGGAACGGCUGUUUCCCUGUUAAGUGGCAUGUAGUGAAGGAUGUUCCCAACAGUCUUUUGAAACACAUUAUUCUUGAGAACAAUGAGAACAAGCCUGUUACCAACAGCAGGGAUACACAAGAGGUCAAGCUCGAGCCUGGACUUAAAAUGGUAAAAAUCUUCAAGGAGCAUGUGAGCAAAACAUGCAUUUUGGACGAUUUUGGUUUUUACGAGACCCGACAAAAGACCAUUCAAGAGAAGAAAGCCAAGCAACAGCAGUUCAAGAAACAGGUCUGGGAAGGAAAGCCUACUGAUGAGAAGAAGGAUGUGUCUGAAGUAGUAGUAGACAUGAAAACUCCAAAGCCAGUUGAAGCGCCUUUGAGUGAUUUAGUAAAGGAAGAGACACCCAAGAACGCUGAGAACGGAUCAGUUAUGAAAACUGGAGAUGCCCCGAAGGGCGCUAAACCAGUAACAACAACAACAGCAGCAUCAGAGAAGAGAAGUGUAGUAAACGGAUACUAAGUGGUGCAGGAUUUCAGUCAUCUUCUUCCUCUCCUGCCUGCCUGCAGUUCAAUGGAGCUUGUUGGUACAAGGAGUUGUCAGAAGUUUUGGUGCUUUGGAUAUAUUAAAAAAAGGGAACAAGCUACUGGCUAGUUCUUCUCUCCAUACUUAUUUUGGCCACAAUUAUGGAAUGUCUUCUUGCUUUGCUAGUCUCCAGAAUGAAAUCCCACAAUACUACUACUGCUGCUGCUGCUGAUGGUGGUGAGAGCUGAGUUAUGAUGUUGAUGGUGGUGGUGGUGGUGGUGGUGGUGCAGUCUCAGUUCAUUUGGUCACAACCUCUCUCGUCUUCUUUUUGAGUCUCUAUUAUAGUAAGUGGGUGGCAUUUUAACAGGGUUUUGGUUUUCUAGGAUUGUAGUUUUUUUUUACCCUUAGUUAUUUAGUGGCUUUUUUCUUUUUCUUUUCAAUAUCUAUUAAGAUCAAGUUCUUUUCAUCCU